AUGCCCAAAAUACACUACUCCACGGCUGCAGUUUCGUAUGCCGGACCGAUUCCACUGGUACCGUCAACGCAAAGCACCCAGUCCCCUCCACCACUCAAACGGAAGAGAAAGACACAAGGCUCCACUGAAGGAGACGAUGGCCUGCCAAUACUAGGAGAUGAUGAAAUCUCAAACGAAGAUUACCGUUGUGGUGGGCCAGGCCUUGUGAGGUACCCUGUAGUAAAGCAGGAUUUGGAUAACGACCAUCCUCUACAGGCGGUCUUUAUCACACAGUUAAAGGGGUCGAUGGUAAAGAUAUUACAGAAAUGGGGUGUUGAUUUCUCAACGAUAACCCUUGGCCGGCAAGCCCAUGACAACGGUCGUUUAAACCCUGAUGUCGACACUAUUACUGUACACGCAACGAAGCAUGCACUGGACGAUUCGUGGUUUAACGCUUGCAAGGAGAUUCGUCGACAUUUCGUCCAGAAAGAGCAGUCGCACCUAUGUAUCGAGAUUAUUGAUAAAACAGCAUUUUGCAACACGCUUCUAUACGCAAUUACGGUAAGUGAUUCGUUUGCGCGCACCUGGAAAGUCUUACGCCCCCUGGUUUUAGACGUGCUGGGAGACACUGACUGGACUGUGCUCUCCACGAUGACUCGCGACACUAUGAAUGAGCCCGACCCCACCACGAUACUUGUCGUCGUUAGAGAAGAGUCGACCCAUGAUUGGACUGCUGUCAGAGAGGCCAUCGUUGACAUUCUGGACUUGCACAAACUCGGGCAUGUGGCGGUUGAAAUACGUCGUGGUUCAAUCGAACCUUAUGGACAGAAACCUUCCCUCCGUGGUUUACGAGACUGGGAUAUGUUUGCCCACCCUGGUGGAAGUAUUGGGGUUCAUGGAUCGGACCAGGCUUCAUCCACCUUCGGCGGGUUUUUGGAGCUACAGCUUCCGUCGGGGGAAUGGAAAUUAUACGGGGUUGCGAGUUACAGCGGUAUAAUGACUGGGAAAGCUGACGACAUGUGGGAUAAACACGGAAUUCGACCUGACGAUAUAAGGAACGACCUUUACCUUGAUCAUCCAAGCCUUGGGGAUCAUAUCUCAUCGAUUAAGCAGUACCGACACGAGCUAUCGGUUAAUGCGGGACGGGAGUCGUAUAUUGCGUUGGAGAAACGCAUUCUUGAAGGCGCUUGCCUUUCACGAAGUGACAUGUACAGCUUUGAUUGUGCUCAGCAACGGAUUACGGACUUACGACUCUUCACUGCGAAGGGGCGUAGUCUUUACAACAGGACACAGCUGCUUCUAGGGAAGGUCUAUGCGGCCUCCGGGCAUCGUCGUAGCCCAGAGUCAAGACUGCUGGAUUGGGCAUUAAUAGAUGUGAUGAGUGAUCGCCUCUCGCCUAACGAAAUACCUCAGUUGAAUGUUACCGGUGAAGCCCAGAAUUCGAUUUACGUAUCUUCGUCCGUUUAUGUGGAGGGUGUAGCAUACCCACAGUACGAUAUCUUUAUAUGCAAGACCGGCCGGUCCGGGUUUACUGACGGGGAGAUGGGUAAACUUCUAGAAGCUGAUGUCCAGAACUGGUUUCAGGAUUCCCAUGGUGACUGGAAAAGUGUCAAAGGGACAGCUUACCAGAUCUUCUCUGCCGUAUCGGAAUUCGGUAGCCCGGGAGACUCUGGUUCGUUUGUGACUUAUGUGACCGGAGCAUUUAUUGGACUCCUUAUCGGAGGUGUUUCAGACGUCGGGGUCGGUUUGUUUAUGAGAGCCAGUGACCUUUUUGAGGAUAUUAAACUCAUUACAGGUGCUCAGGACAUUCGUAUCCCUGAGGAAUUUUAG